GCCAAAGAUGUCGGCUCGGUCAUGUGAUCAGCUGUGUCCAAUCACAGCUGAUCACACCUGUCACGCUGAGAGCCGGUAAUCGUGUUUCCAUGGAGGGGACAUGAUCAGUGUGCCCUGAUGAUCAGUGUGGCCCCAGAAGUGCCACCUGUCAGUGCUCAUCAGUGCCAGUGCCCAUCAGUGCCAAUCAGAGCCACAUCAAUGCCAUAUAUCAGUGCAUACCAGUGCACAUCAAUGCCACGUAUCAUUGCCCAUCUGAGCUGCCUUUCAAUGUCACCCAUCAGUGCCACCUAUCAGUGCUGCCAAUCAGUGCCGCCUAUCAGUGCCAGUCAGUGCCGCCUAUCAGUGCCAUGUAUCAGU